GCAUCAUGUCUGAAGGAUACAUACCUGGACAACUGACUGCUAGCAAUUCUUCUUUUUCAAACUCAACUGUGCAUCCAAUGAUGCCUCAUAGCUACUCCCACAAACUCGGCAUUGCAAUCCUUUCAGUUGCCUUCAUCAUUGGUUUUCCAGGCAAUGCAUUCGUCAUCUGGUCAAUUUUAAGGUGCAUGAAGAAGUGCUCCGUCACCUGCCUCCUCAUCUUACAUUUGGCAAUUGCGGACAUCAUCGUUAUGCUAACAGCACCUAUAUUCCUCCAUCUUCUAUCCACCGGCAGCUGGAUAUUUGGCAAUAUCAUUUGUAAGAUUUGUCAUUACAUUAGCUGCCUCAGUAUGUACGCCAGCAUCAUCCUUAUUACCGCUAUGAGCAUAGACAGAUAUAUUGCUGUGGCAAGACCUAUGAGCUCUCUCUCUGUAAGAACAAAGUUGGUUGUUGGCAAAGCCAUAUUGGCUAUAUGGGUUAUGGCAUGUCUGUUAGCCAUUCCUAUGCCAAUUUAUCGUGCAAUAGAGACUAUUAACAACAAAGAACAGUGUAGGCACAUGCAUAGCUCUCCAGCACACAUCAUUUUUCAAUAUGUGUUUGAAACAGUGACUGGUUUUGUGAUCCCAUUUGCAAUGAUCAUGUCCUGCUACGUCUACAUUGGAUUGAGGCUGCGUAGUGCUAAGUUUCAAACCAAGCAUAAAACAAGUCGGCUGGUGGUGAUGAUCAUAGUGGUGUUUGCUCUAUUCUGGCUUCCUUACCAUGUGGUGAAUAUGAUUGAGGUGUCAGGGGAAGUGUCCUCAUCAGAGAAGCUAAGAAAAGCAGCCCGCCUUGCCAGACCUAAUGUCACAGCCCUUGCAUUCCUCAGUAGCAGCAUAAACCCUAUUUUGUAUGUGUUUGCAGGAGGUAGUUUCAUUCGGACAGCUGGGGUGGAAUUUAUGGCCAAGCUCUUUGAGGGAACUGGCUCAGAUACGAAUAGUGUUUGGAAGAUCUCCCAAGUUUUUAGACAAAAGAGUCAUGAGGAAUGUAUGGAUUUAAGGAACACCAAUAAAACGAUUCCAGAAUAACUCCACUAU